AAACACUAGCCAACGGCAUCACUGGCUCACAAAAAUAAACAAUACCCGCCGGAGAAAGUGGCGAUAAACAGCUCCCAUAAAACGUCAAGAUGCGUGACUGGAUGCCAGUGCUCUUCUGCGGACUGUCCGUGCCGAUCUCGCUGUUCAUGUGGCUGGGAAAUGUGGCGCUGUCGAAGUUCUGGAGCAGUGACUUUGAAGGUUAUCCGACAGAGUCCCGGGUGAUUCCGCCGGUGCGCUGGCUCUUCUCCACAUUGGCGCCAUUGGCCUUGAUGACUGUGGCUCUGCGCCGGAGGAGCGUUAACCGAUCUGGAGCUGCGCUGGGCAUUCUGGUGGCCUUCAUCCUCUCCAUCGCCAGCCAUCCGUUCUUCGCCAGCCUGGUGGUGUUCUUCUUCAGCUCGUCGCGGGCCACCAAGUUCCGGGCGAACAUGAAACGCCGCUUCGAGAGCGAUUUUCGCGAGGGCGAAGGCCAACGAAACUGGAUACAGGUACUCUGCAACGGAGGCAUGGCCGCCCAGCUUGCAUUGCUUUAUCUGCUGGACUGCGGUAGUGGCGAGCGGGCGGUGGACUUCUCCCGAGAAUACCGAUCCAGCUGGCUGGGUGUGGCCGUUAUGAGUGCGUUUGCCUGUUGCAAUGGCGACACCUGGUCCAGUGAACUAGGAUCCGUGCUGUCGCAACGCGAUCCAGUGUCUAUCAUCACCUGGCGGAGAGUGCCGCGCGGUACCAAUGGUGGGGUUUCGUUGCUCGGCGUCGCGGUAAGCCUGCUCGGUGGUCUGCUCGUCGGCUUUGGCUAUUUUGUCACCGUUCGUUACACGGUUGAGGCCAAAAUGCUUUUGGUUAGCCCACCACAAUGGCCAAUCAUCGUCUUCGGUGGCAUCGCUGGACUUUUUGGGUCCCUCUUGGACUCUGUCCUGGGUGGUCUGCUGCAGUUCUCGGGCAUCAAUGAGGAAGGCAAGAUUGUGGAUACCCCUGGGAAGGGAGUGCGCCACGUGAGCGGACUGCGCAUCCUGGACAACCAUAGUGUCAACCUGAUUUCCAGCAUUGUCACCGGCGUCACCAUUCCGCUCCUGGCCCAGAGAUUCUGGCCCGUGCGCUAAUGCUGUUUUGGAUUAGGAUUAGCGUCAUCGCGGUAUUCAAUAGCUAACAAUUUCAAAGGCUGCCUCACAAGAUCGAAUUCCGUGUUAAACAUAAAUGCUCUUGAAGCCUUUUAGACAGGUAUAUAUGUAUGUACAAUUGUUAACCAUUUAUAAUUUCAUAACGCCAGUGAAAUACCCUCCAUAGAUAUAUUUUUGUGAAGCUUACAUAUCGCCUAGCGAACAAACCGACUUAUGAGACUCGAUGAAAACAACGAUUGGGCAGCGAAUAGCCAAGGAAGUUAUAUUAUAUUUACACUAAGGUAGCUAACCAUGUUCCUUUACGGAUUAUGAAUUUUUUGUUACUGUGACUGUUCACCUCUAUUUUGUGUAUUAACUCCACUAAACACGCACCGUUCAUAUGGAUCUAUUGUUAUUGUCUCGAAAUUCUCGUACGUGACGGAAUAAAUUUUCUGAUUUGCUUAUGUAUAA